AUAUUAAAAUAUUUAAACACUAAUAGUUGACUAAGUAAACAAUAACUAAAGCAUAAGUGGGUUAGCCCCGACCUGGCCGCUGCGAAGAAACUUGAGCUCCCCCAGGACCAGAUCGACCGGCUCCGUCGGCUCAGUGUGGCCUUGCCUUCGUGGUGACAUGGAAGAGGGCUCGCCUGGAGCUUUCCUUCAAAACUAUCGGAUGACCGAAAGAAGCAGACUCUCAACGGAGCCAGCUGCUGACUGUGAGAUGACUCAUGAACAGCCGCCAACGACUCCUACUGAACUAGCCCAGGUACCAAAUCCCUCUACGUUCUCGUGUAGUUUCAAGGAUAAACUAAUGAACAAGAUGAGCAUGGCAAAGAAUUUUGGGGUUGACGUGAAUUCUUUGGAGGCCGACUAUGAUGAUUUGAAUGACGAGGAGGAUGUUGUGACUUCUUGCGAAGAGCGUGGGCCGGGUAUCCAGUUCUCUAAGAAAGCUAUGACUCGUUUAUGUGAGCCUUGGCAGCAUGCGCUCAUAAUCAAGCUCCUUGGCAGACCACACACCUACAAUUUUCUUCAUGCCCGAUUACAACAGAAAUGGAAUCUGAAGGGGGGAUGGAAAUUAAUUGACCUUGUCAACGAUUACUUUGUUGUCAAAUUUGACUUGGAGGAAGAUCUUAACUCUGUACUUACAGGAGGGCCUUGGAUAAUCUCAGGUCAGUAUCUAGUGAUGCAAAAGUGGCGACCUGGGUUCUGCCUAGCAACUGCCCAUAUUACUAGGAUGGUAGAUUGGAUCUGAGUGUCAGCUAUUCAAUUAGAAUGUUUUGAUACAUGGGCUUUAAAACGGAUUAGAAACUUGUUAGGGAAACUGCUAAAAAUUGACGGCCUCACCACUGCUCAGAACAGGGGAAAAUUUGCCAGAUUAUGUGUGGAACUUGAUCUGACCAAACCCUUAGAUGCCUUUGUUCAGAUUAACCACGUUUGGUACAACAUUGAGUAUGAGGGCCUCCCAGAAAUUUGCUACUUGUGUGGGCACUAUGGACAUAAGAAAAGAGGCUUGUAGCCUUAAGACUACUUCUGCUGUUCAAACUAGUGAAACUCCAAAUGCAGUAGGAGCAGAUGCAAUGGGACAACCUGCUGAGGUGGAAAACGAGAACUAUACGGAAGCAAAUGAAGGUUUGAGAGGGCCAUGGAUGAAUGUGCCCCCCUGAAGGAAACAUAAAGCUAUAGCUACAGAAGGAAAAGGCAGGAUCUCUGGAGGCAAAGGUCAGGGGUCCAGAUUUGAAGCCUUAAGAGAAAUGGAUGACAAUACGGAGAGUGAUGGUGUGGGAGAUGCUAGGAGUGCCAACCAGAAACAGCCAAUUCAUAAGGAUACCUCAAAAUGGACAGCAUAUACUGGGAAGAAAGCAUGGACAAAAUCCAAGGCCGCUAUGCUUGGCGCUAGAACAGUAUUGAAUGACAUUUCAAACAAGCCAGUACAGAAGCAGAGUUACAUGAGCUUGGGCUCAAAACAUGGGGAUAUCCUGAGUAGCUCAACUUCUAGGGCUUGGAACUCUACUGGUAAGUUGGUGAUUGGAGGGAGGACAGUUAUAAAUAAGGUGUCAAUUAAUGAUCAAUUAACCAACUGGGCCAGUGGGCAAAACGUGUAUAACUAAAAAGGGAUGUAUAUCUUUGGGCAUCAACCCCCCAAUAUAGAUGGCAGCAGUGUAGAGCUUGGGAAGGAAACUGACACUUACAUGGAUGCCAACACUUCGAUCUCUGAUCCUCAUGAGGAUACCUCCCUCGCCUUUGCAGACUGUCAUGUGGCUGAAGGGCUGAAUGGUACACUGAUAACACUGGUUCCCAAAGUUGUUAGCUCACAAACAAUGGCCCAAUUUCGUCCCAUAAGCUUAUGCUGCACCCUCUACAAGGUACUAUCCAAAAUCAUUGUUGCUCGAUUAAGGCCCCUGAUGUCUACCUUGAUAAGCCCUAACCAGGUUAGCUUUGUCCCUGGGAGACAAAUAACUGACAACAUUCUAGUGGCUCAAGAACUCAUGCACAAAUUCAAAAACUCUGGGGAGAAAGGGCUUCAUAGCCUGGAAGGUUGACUUAUCCAAGGCCUAUGACAGGCAGAACUGGAACUUUAUCAGGUUUGUUCUUAAUGAAAUUGGGCUACCAUCUAUGCUUAGCCAAUUGAUUAUGUCUUGUGUUUCCACUGUAAGGCAUCAGGUGUGUGUCAAUGGGGAACUCACUGACAGUUUCACCCCCACCAGCAGCAUUAGACAAAGGGAUCCACUUUCUCCGCUUGUGCAUUGAGAAACUUCCCACAUCAUUUUUGACUCUGUACGAAGGAAGAAGUGGAAGCCUGUGAAGAGCUCUCAAUCCGGACCUCUUGUCUCCCACCUCGUCUUUGCUUAUGACUUGAUCUUAUUUACUGAAGCAAGCACCCAACAAGCUCGAGUGAUGAAAGAUUGCCUAGAGAAAUUCUAUAGAGCUUCUAGCCAAACUGUUAACUUGAAAAGUCUGCAAUCAACUGCUCACCCAACACCGGUAAUGUUUUGGCUACAGAAAUAAGUUGUAUAUGUGGGUCCCCCCUUUACUGAAAACCUUGGUCAAUGCUUAGGGAUGCCUCUGCUCCACUCAAUAGUCUCCCGCAACACUCAUAGAAAACUGGUGGAUAAGGUCCAUCAAAGAUUGGCCUCUUGGAAGAGCAAUCUGAUUGUCCAUGUCUACCUGUAAAGAACUGGACCGUGUAAACAUAAAUUUCUUUUGGGGAGGAAGUGCAAAUAAACAGAAAGUGCACCUUUGCCAA